AUGGAAUCAAUGGAAUUAGGAGAAUACGUUGAUUGUUUCCGGAAUAAAAAUUGGAAACAAAUAAUAGAGUUGGGACAUGAUGAAUUAGAAGAAUUGGGAGUUAAUAAUAGUAAUGCUCGAAAAGCAAUGUUAUGGCAAUUUUGGAGAGUUAAAAAAGCAGUUAAAGAAGGAUACGAAUUACCACUUCCGAAAUUUCUAUUAAAUUUAUCCGAAGAAGAAGAAAAAAAUCUUGAACCCGAAGAAAGAUUUAAGCUUUUCGAUUCAUAUGUUAAAGUCAAUUUUAAAUUAUUGGAAAAUUUUCCUAAAUGGUUAGAAGGAUUAAAAUUAGAAAAAUUUGCACCAAUAUUUUCAAAUAUGUAUUGGCAAAAUAUUAUACAAUUAGAUGGUGACGAAUUAGAAGAAUUAGGUAUUAGACCAAAUUCUAAACGUCAAUUAUUGAUGAGAAAUUUUAGAAGAAUUAUGAGAGUUAUGUUUGCAUUGAAUCAAAAAGUAUAUGUAAGAAAUACUAAAAUGACAGCUGAAGAAAGAGAUCUAUAUCAUAAUACGUAUGUUGAAAUUGAUUGGAAUUUAUUAGAAGAUUUUCCAUCAUGGUUAAAGGGAUUAGGAUUCUUUGAAUUUUCUUCAUGUUUCAAAGAUCUCGAGUGGAGACGAAUCAUAGAAAUGGAUUAUGAUGAAUUAGAAGAAAUUGAAGGAUAUAUGUUGCCGUUCCCCAAGAGACUUUUAAUAUCGAUGAAUAUUAAAGAUGAAGAUAUACAAGAUCCUUUAGAACGUUUAAAGCUUAUAGUUGACUUUUAUAGGGUUGAUUUUAAUAUGAUAGAAAAACGAGAUAUUGGAGCAUUACUUGCAUCAUUAAAAUUAAAACAAUACGCGCCUAAUUUUGUUAAACUCGAUUGGGAUGAAGCUAUUAAUAUGCGUUAUUACGAAUUAGAAGAACUGGGAAUAAAUUCUUAUGUGGCGAGACAAACUAUUUAUAAGAAAUUUCAAGAUAUUAAAUCCGCUAUUGCACAAACACGUGGUAGUCGAAGACCUUAUGAAGCUGAUGUUUCUAAGAAAGAAACGACAGAACAAUUUGAAUAUGAUGAAUUAGAAGAUGAAAAAUAUAACGUCCGUUAUAUGUAA